AUGUCUAAGAAUUCUUUUAGUUAUCGCUAUCUAAUACUAUCAUGGAUUGUCAUAUUGGCAUUUAUGCAAAACUUUAAUUCACAAUACCUCAAGAUUUUUCUCGUUAUUUACGUACUUGCAUUCUUAUUAGAAAGUGAACAAUUUAAAGCACCUUUAAAGUUUAUAUAUGCUUGCUUUUUAAAACCAAUUGGAAAUAAUGCUGACCAGCGAAGUCGCCUAGAUUCAUUUUACGAGGAUCAAGCUGAAGUUUAUGAUGCUACACGUGGUCGUCUGUUACGUGGAAGACUUACAAUGUUAAGGCUCACCGCCGGGCAGCUGAAAAAACAAAUGGAUACGUUACGUAAACCAAUUUGGGUUGAUAUUGGAGGUGGAACUGGUUGGAAUAUUGAAAAGAUGAAUGAUUUCUUUCCAAUUGAACAAUUCGAGAAAGUCUAUCUGGUAGAUUUAUGUGCGCCACUGUGUAAAAUAGCAGAAUCCAGAUUUCAUGCUAGAGGAUGGAAUAAUGUUCAUGUGAUCUGUGAUGAUGCAGCUUCGUUUAAGCUCCCAGGAAUAGAAAAUGACAUUGGAAAAAUUGAUUUAGUGACAAUGUCUUAUUCUUCGGACUUUUACGUCUCCGGUCGUGUGACUAGCAAUGAUAUACAAGUUCAACAAGGAACGUUAAAUCGCCAUUGUAAUUGGUUUACGCGAUGGUUUUGGCAAAUUUGGUUUGAAUUCGACCAUAUUAACCUACAUCCAUCUCGUCGUGACUAUGUUGAAUAUCAGUUCGAUACAGUAAAAAGCUUUAAUGGACGCAACCAUUUCCUGAUUCCUUAUUUGGUCCAGAUCCCUUAUUAUGUCUGGUUGGGUACUACCAAAUCCUUAGCUUCUGCCUCUCAUGUUAACUUAAAUGCUAUAGAAAUCUCUUCAGAAAAGUCGUUAAAAAUUUCAGCUGAAUCCAACACAAACAACUCUUCUGUAAAUAGACCGGUUUGGCGUCAACCUUAUAACCCUGCUUUACCGCGUCACACUCAAUUUAAUUCUUAUAUUUAUGCGUUUACGUGGGAAGAUCCACGAGAAGAUUUGAAAGUACUUGAUUUGAAUGAAAACGAUAGUAUGUUCGUUAUUACAAGUGCAGGUGAUAACUUAUUAGAAUAUGCUUUACGAGAAAAUCCUAAACGGAUACACUGCGUAGAUCUUAAUCCAUGUCAG